AUGUCGUCCCAGGAGCCAACAGUGCCGUCUGCUUUACCUAAGCAGCGGCAGCUGAAAGCUUGGAAAAACACACAUCGUGAGCCCGAUGAAUCCGAGCCCGACAACAAGCCCAAAGCACCGUUGACUACGACUCGUCCAGAGCCAAAAUUUGAUGAAGAGGAUGACAAGCCGGAACCCCCGAAGACUUCGACUCAACCUUUAGGAGGUACCGACACCGGUAGCAAUUCAAACGUCCCCGAUGAGGUUCUGAACAAACAAUUGACCGACGCCAAGAAUAAACUCGACAACGCUCAAGCCGAGGUUGACAGACUCAAGCAACAGCUCAAAGACGCCGAAAGUUCUAAGCAAGACCAGGAGCGCGAAUGUGAAGCUGCCAAAGCACAAUUGAGGCGCGAUCUGGAGGCUGCCAAGUCUGGAUCAGGCGCAGCAGAUGAUCUACAAAAAGCGCUAGCCCGGCUGCAGCAAGCAAAGGAACUUCAAGAGGGCGAGUGUGAAGCUACUAAAGCACAGCUGAGGCGCGAAUUGGAAGCUGCCAAAGCUGGUUCUAAUGCAGCAAGCGACCUGCAACAAGCACUCACUCGACUUCAACAGGCAAAAGAGCUCCAAGAGCGUGAAUGUGAAGCUGCCAAGGCACAAUUGAGACGCGAUCUCGAAAAUGCCAGAGCGGGCGCCUUGGCGCCUAACGACCUGCAGCAGAAGCUGGCACAGCUUCAACAGGCGAAAGACCUUCAAGAACGCGAUUGCGAGGCUGAGAAGGCAGCAUUGAAAGCGCAACUCUCAGAAGCGCAACGACGUGGGAAGGAUGCUACCGAUGGAAACCUGUCAAGCCUCCAACGUGAACGUGAUCGAGCUUUCGAACAAGUUGACUCAGCCCGCGCCGAAGUCGACGACUGGAAACGCAAGCUGGACGAAUGCAGACAGAACGGCGAAAAGCUGAGGACUGAUCUAGAUCUUCUCCGUCGACAGAGUGCACAACGAGAAAAGGAUGUCACUGACGCCAAGGCUCGGGUCAUUGAAGCCGAAGACGAAUUACGAAAAUGCCGCGAGCAUGGACUCCAGCUCAACAAACGUCUCACCGAUACGGAAAGACAGCGGGACGAGUGUCUACAAAGCAAGAAACCAACGAAUCCCCUGGAUACUAAUAUUCCUGAAGUACCCCACAAUGGAGGACAGUCAGGUCUUGGCAAAGGUCCUGACGGCGAACGCCCCGGUGGCCCAAUCCAGCCGCCUAAAGGCCCGCCAGGCUUCGGAAACUUUCCACCACCACCCCCUGGUUGGCCACUAGGCUCUGCAUGGCCACCUGGUUCAGGUGUCGGCGGCGGAACUCAACCGCCUCAGGGCCCGCCCGGCUUCGGUACUUUCCCACCACCUCCUCCCGGUUGGCCGAUAGGCUCUGCGUGGCCACCUGGCUCAGGCUCUAGCUUCCAACCCCCUUCUGCAGGCAGUGGUCUGCAGCCGGGUCAAAAGGGAGGCCCUGGAUCGGGCACAGGCGUGGGUGGAAUCACCUUCCCUGAUGGUACCUCAGGCUCCACAAAUGGAGGAAGCACGAGUUGGACACACUCGAGCCAAUGGUGGACGACAGAUGGGUCUGGGAAAUGGACUACUGCACCUGAAGGCAAGACACAGGGAUCCGAUGGCAAGCCGACAUAUGUUGCGCAAGGAUACUGGUUCCAAGAAUCCACAGGCCGAUGGAUCUUUGCCACUCAGGGUCAGAGAUUCCAGAACAGCCAGGGUACCAACGUACACUUUGUGCCAAACUACGCCUUCAAAGAUGCCAAAGGUGUCUGGGUGCAAGAGUCCAAUGGUUGGUGGUACCAGAACAGCUCGGGAAGCUGGACCAAGACUACCGAGAAUGAAGCCAAAGCAACGCAGACUGGACAGGCCGAUAGCAGACAGGAGUACACUGGUGCUUUCCAGGAUGACAAGGGAUCUUGGAUAUAUGUGACCCGUGGUCAACGAUACACGAACACCAACGGCAACCUGGUCCAGUUCGCUCAGGACUACUCUUAUCAGAACGCUCAAAACACAUGGGUCCAGGGCUCGAAUGGAUGGUGGAUCCAGAAUAGAUUCGGGUCAUGGACUCAGGUCACAAAGGAUGAGGCCGAAAACUCCCGGACUCAACUCGGCCAGGGAGGUUCCAACCAAGGCAACACUUGGCAACAAGGCACCUGGCAACACGGCACCACCCAAGGCAGCACAACGCAAGGAGGUAAUACCCAAGGCGGCACUUCGCAGGGUGGUACUACCCAAGGUGGUGUUGGGCUCGGACAAGGAGGCCUUGGACAAGGCGGCAUUGGGCAAGGUGACAUUGGGCAAGGUGGUGUUGGGCAAGGUAGUGUUGGGCAAGGAGGUUCCGGACAGGUCGGGCUCGGACAGGGCGGGUCCGGACGAUGGGAAUUCGGACAAGGCGGCACUACACAAGGUGGCCUCGGACACGGAGGCCUCGGACAAGGUGGUAAUGGGCAAGGUGGUGUUGGGCAAGGUAGUGUCGGGCAAGGAGGUUCCGGACAGGUCGGGCUCGGACAAGGUGGGCGUGGACGAUGGGAAUUUGGACAAGACGGCACCACUCAAGGCGGAACCGCACAAGGUGGAAUUGGACAAGGUGGUGUUGGACAAAGUGGUGUUGGACAGAGCUGGUCGUGGCAGAGCGGGCUCGGACAGGGCGGACUUGGCCAAGGCGGUCAAGCCAACGGCAGCACAUGUGAUGAGCUGCGCGCGCAGAUGCAGCAAUUGCGUGCGCAAUUCCUCAUUAUGGAUGAAGCGUUGCAAAAGGGCUGUGGUGGCAAGUCAAUGGGUCCGAUUCGACCACCAGGAAACUCUGAGCUGCUACAACAACAACCAGCCCUUGGCUUCUUACCGCCUGCAGCGGGUGUCGAUUCGGUGCAACCAUUGGCAGGCGCCCCUGGAGCCAGCGGAGACAUCAGUUCCAUCUUGCAGGAUCUGUUGAAAUGA